UUUUUUUGACAAUAAGUAUGGAGUUAAUAGUGUGAUUGUGAAAUGAAAUAACAGAAUGAUGAGAGUUUUUUACUCCCUCCCUGUUUUAUUGCACGUAAAAUAAAAAAUUGUACUAAAAUAGUUAAAAGUGUUAAGAUUUAUAUUUUUUUAUAUGUUAAAUUUUACUCUCUCUGUCCCAUUAAAUCUAAGAUUCUUUUGUCCGACGGUAAGUGAGACUUUUUCCUUUUUUUUCUAAUAAAAAUUUUACCCUUAAAAAAAAAAAUCUGACGUACAGUCGGAUCGGAGGAAGUAUCUUGUGAAGAUAUCAUGAUUGUAAUACAGCGCACACCCAUUUCCACCUCCAUCUGCGGCUGUGCCGCCGCUGAAAUCGGAAAACUUGUUUGGACUUAGUAUCAAGAAAUUUCAACUCAAUAAUGUCUGGAGUGCCCAAAUUAGUUGAUUUAUGCACGGCCGCCAUUGCCGAUGAACUUCUCCAAGGGGACGAUAACGACGAUAUCUUUUUGGUUAUUUAUGAACUGCCGCCGGAAUUGUUUGAUGGAUUGUUGCCGCAGCUGCCUCCAUUAGCACUGCACAAGUUGCAAGAUAAAUUGCCAAUCAACUUCAUGGAGAGCAAAGAGCAUGCUUACGAUGAUAAUAGAGACUGUCGAAAACGUAGAAGAUGCGACAUUUUAGAUUCAGCGUGGCGUGCACUAUACAAAGCUCGAUGGCCUAAUCUCAGUCAGCAGAAGCAGGCUGUGGCUUGGUUUGAUAGAAAUAAAGAAAAGUAUGAGUCAGUAAAUGAUUGGCAGCAAAAGUACUGGGAGGCACAUUUGCAAGAUUGUGUUGAUGCCAUAGCAGAAACAGCUUUGCUGCCAUCUUAUGAUGGUUCUAUUGGGGAAUUACAAAUUCCAGGUGGUAUACUGGAGCAGAUUGGUGGCAAGGAUUACUUGAUUAAGUUGUCACUUGACUCCCUCAAAUUCUCUCGUCACUGCCAGCAGUUUGGAGUUUAUGUCAGACGGCUAAGGCUUCCAAACGCAUUAUGUGCAGCAGAAACUUGUGAAUUGUUACAAAACAGUAAGUUGGGAAGUCUGGAGCUUCAGUGGAUUAAAUCCAAUGACCAUGUUGAGGGAUUAUGUAAACUUCUGAACCAGAGUACUGAGACUCUGAAAUCAAUUGAAUUUAUCCAUUGCAAGCUUUCUCCAGAUUUUGUCAAUGCCAUAUGUGAUUCACUGCACAUGACGGGUCUUCAAGUGCAUGGAGUUGAGCAUUUCUCAAUCAAGAGAUCAAGCUUUCUUCAGGCUGAUUCAUCUCCCGUUCCAGUCGGACUGACAUCAUUCUUAACAUCUGGGAGGUCCCUGCAAUCAUUAACUUUAUGUGAUGGCCAUCUGGGGCGAAAUUUUGCUAGGGGGAUUUUUAAUUCCCUCCUUGAUGCUUCAUCUAGUAUUUCCAUGCUAGACCUCUCAGAAAAUAGUAUCUCAGGAUUCCUUUCUCAGUUUCGGUGGAGAUCAUCAAGUUGCCCUUCUAAAAUGUACAAAUCAUUGCAGUCAAUACGAGUGCUCAACUUAAGGUCAUGUAACUUAGAACAGGAUGAUGCAGGGUCUCUCAGACACGCCCUGAAUUGCAUGCCUAAUCUGGAGAGUCUUGAUUUGAGUGACAAUCCAAUCGAGGAUGGAGUCGGGAGCCUGAUUGCCUAUUUUACUGAGAUCUCUGGCAGAGAUGUACCCUUUACUGAUCUGAAGCUUGAAAAUUGUGAGGUUUCAUGCAACCAAAUGGUUCAACUUCUUGGAGUUCUUUCAACUUUGAAUAAACCUCUUCAUAAGCUUUCGAUUAAAGGCAAUAUGCUUGGCAGUAAAAUUGGGGGACCUUUGGGAAAAUUUUUGUGCACAGGUAUUUUAUCCCUUGAUGCUGAAGACAUCGGACUUGGUCCUUCCGGUUUUCUACAAGCGGUAAAGGAAAUAUCAGAAGAACUGAAGAUUGCUUACAUAAAUAUAAGCAAUAACCAAGGUGCGCUUGGAGCUGCAAAGUUCAUAUCGAGCCUCGUUAAACACGCUGACAAAAUUGUUGCAAUUGAUGCAAGAUAUAACUUAAUGCCUAUGGAAUCUUUAUCAGUAAUAUCCUCUGGCUUGAAAGACUCAAAAGGGAGACUGGAGCAUCUGGACUUGGCUGGAAACACUUUCUGUCAUCAACUUACUGAUGCAGAUUCUGUUUUAGCUGAACUCCGAAUCCAUGGACAAUUUGCCCUUAAUGUUCUAUUAUCAGCUGUGCCACAUGUACCGUACGACAAUGAUCCUUAGCUGCAUCACGGGUACACUUCUCGACUCUCAAGACUUCUUCUGUUUCAGUAAAAGCGGUUCUGGACCAACUGGCUAUACUAUCAAGCAAAUAGGGCACCCGUACACGUUAAAGAGUCGUGCUGAUUACAUUUUUGUGUUUAGAUUAAGAUUAUGUAUUCUUGUCAGCAGUACUAAUCAUCAGUUUAAUUUUAUUGUGAUUGUGAUAGAGCUCUCAUGCUACAAGUAAGAAAAAAUAUGUUCAAUGUUGGUUAUUUCA